CUCUCUCUCUCUCUCUCUCUCUUCUUUUCUGGCUAAAGUCACAAACCCAGAAGAAAAGGCUACAACUUUCUCGGUUUGAGCUCUUCUUCUCCGGCCAUUAAAUUCCAGCAACUGGGUCGAUUCAUUUUGUCUGAAAGCUGCCAUCUUUCCCGAAUAAGCAGCCUCUCCUAACAGAAGAAUAACAAAACGAGAAAUCGCCUGGAAUUCGAUCACCUACCAAUCCAGCCAUCCAGCCAUUUUCCUCCCAUUGAAAUUCAAGUGAUUGGCCGCCAUCGAAUCAGAUUCAGAGAACUCCGGCCACCACAACCAUCAGACUAAAGCUAUUAGCAGAACAGCAGAGGAGCUCCCCUAAAAAUGGCGGAAACGAUACCUACCAAAUCACAUUCUGCAACUGAAGGUAAGCAUCCAAACUUCAUUGAGAAGGCUAAGGAAAAAAUUGACAAGGUAAUCCACUCCCCAAAGCAUACCAAGGAAACUCAUGGAACAAGCAAUGACAUUGAUGAGAAGACAGACAUUGAUGAAGUGAGGGGGCCAGGAGUGUUUCAGAGGGCCAAGGAAGAAAUCGAGGCCCUGGUCGAGACGAUUCAUCACAAGAAGGAAAAGGCAGGAAACCACUCCCCAACUCACACCAAGGAAACUCAUGGAACGAGCGAUGACAUUGAUGAGAAGACCUCCAUUGAUGAAGUGAGAGGACCAGGAGUGUUUCAGAGGGCAAAGGAAGAAAUCGAGGCCCUCGUCGAGACGAUUCAUCACAAGAAGGACAAGGCAGGAGACCAUUCCCCAACCCAUACCAAGGAAACUCACAAGAAGGACAAGGCAGGAAACCACUCCCCAACACACACCAAGGAAACUCAUGGAACGAGCGAUGAUAUUGAUGAGUUCACAUCGGUCGAUGAAGUAAAAGGACCAGGGGUGUUUCAGCGGGCAAAGGAGGAGAUCGAGGCCCUCGUCGAAACAAUUCAUCCGAAGAAGGAGAAGGAUCAUCACAAGUCAUCUUCCACAUAAUAGUAUGGAAGUUGGAAGGGUUGACAAAUAUUUGGUUGUGUUAUCAUCCUUUUGGGUAUAGGGUGAGAGAUUGAUCAGAAUGUGCAUUCCACGAUGACCAUUGUCAUUUGAAAACAUCUGCUGAAUGGAUUGUAAUCUGCUGAUUCACCAUUGUAGUAAUUGCUCUUCUUUCUUGUGAUACCAAUGCUCUAUUUCUAUAUGGAUGUUUGCUAUUGGUUCUUCAUCCAAAUUAUAAAAAGAAUUUCUCUGGGGGAUCCGUUCCUACGAAAGAGCUCAAUUUCCUAUGAGCAAGUGGUGAGAAGAAGAGAAUGGGAAGUUGUUUUAAUGUAGAGAAAGCUAUUUCCUUGUGAUGUUGUUCUUCUUCUUCAUGCUUUAUGAUUUCCCUCCCCAUAAGGUUUCUGUUCUUAACUAGUGAGGGGAGGUUGUUUGUGCUAUGCAUUGAUGCAUGCUUGUGAAAGAUUUGAUUGGCAUCUUUUCAAUAGAAUAGAACCUCUCCUUCCCCUCUCUGCUUCUUGAUGUUACAAUUGGUUUCAUGUUCCUGGAUUGUUGUUUCAUGUUGGCUACUGUCAUUAACAGAAUGGAAUGGAUGAUGUAACUGUUCGACCGUGUAA